AUGUUCCGAAAAGAUGCCACUUUGAUCACGGAGGAGGCUAUCCAUGCUCGUCUUGUCGAGUUGAGGGAAUCGUGCCCUACAGCAGAGAGGGAGGACGCGAUCAAAGAUAUCGUCAAGGAUAUUCUGAAGUACGCUGUCCUCUCGCACCGCUGGCUCGACAGCGGCGAACCUACCUUCUACGACAUCUUGAAAUCGUUCAAACCGUAUGGUUACGAGAAACUCGUGAAGUUUUGCGAGAAAGCCAGCGAGUUCGGGUGCCGGUUGGCAUGGUCCGAUACGUGCUGUAUCAACAAGGACAGCAGCACCGAGCUCGAAGAAGCUAUCCGGUCGAUGUUCAAGUGGUAUCGUAGUGCUCAUAUAUGCAUCGCAUAUCUCUCUGAUACCACCUCGAUUGACGAUCUCCACGAAGAUGUGUGGUUCACCCGCGGGUGGACUCUGCAAGAGCUGCUUGCACCGUGGAGGAUGAAGUUUUACGGCAGCAACUGGCUGCCGCUUACCAGCAACAUCAACGACAAGGAAAACUUGGAGCUCAUGGCUGCGCUCUCGCGCGCUACGAGGAUACCCCUCGAUGACCUACGUCAGUUUCAGCCAGGCACAAACAACGUCCACGAGAAAAUGAUGUGGGCUUCUACUCGGACAACCACGCGUAUCGAAGAUGUCGCUUACUCUCUCAUCGGAAUCUUCGACGUGAGCAUGAUGGUAGCAUAUGGAGAGGGAAAACGGGCGUUUUAUAGGUUGAUGGAGGCAAUCAUACAGAAAUGCGAUGAAUGGCAGAUCUUCGCUUGGGCAGGAGCAAGUUCAUCCGACAGUGCUGCGUUCCCGGAAUCGCCGAGAUGUUACCGUCCCCUCAAUCCAAUAGACAGCAACGACGCUCUUCUGCCAUCCACAGUGUGGCGCGGCGAUCAGAACAUCGUCAUGACGAAACGCGGUCUACAAAUUCAUGUGCUUCUCGUUGACUUGUCACAACAGGAGACAACCGUUUACGAGAAGUUUGGCACUAUGGACGUCCAGACUGAUGCGUACUCCAGCUAUACUGCAGGAGUUGUGGACUACUGGUGCUACGAUGCGAGUGGUGAUGGUAUUCUACAGCCAAAGCAGGAACAUCUCUGCGUGUUGCUUCGCCCUGAUCCCCGUAACCCAUUUGCUGGCUGGCGCAAGGUUACUACGCCUAACAUUGUGACCAUACACACAGAGAAUAAGCUGCGGAAGACUCUGACGAAGGUUUGGCUAUAG